GCCGACUUCCCGCGACACAUCUUCAUUUACGCGGGCGCUCCUCAUCUCGACUGACUCCUGUCGCUGUGCGCCUUUUUCCACGCUCUCUGCCUCCUUAAUCAUAUCCUCGACCUACUGCCACUUGGGGGGAAUGUGAUGCGCCCCGUCACAUAACCUCCUUAACGUAUCUGUCGACGACUCCAUUCGUUUUACUUUCUCCACACUCGUUUCUGUGGGCCUUGCCCACUCGUUAUACACGCAAACAUGCCGUACCUUGAAUAUCUUGCGCCUCGCAACCCACUUACCGAUGCCAAAGACACUCUGUCCUCGUGGGACAAGUGCAUGGCCAAAACCUAUUGCAAGUGGCCAGUCAUCGUCGCCAUAAUCAUCGGUGUCCUGAUCCUCCUCUCUGUCCUCUUCUGCCUCGUGCGAUGCAUCUGCUGCGGUGCCGAAAUCGCCUGCUGCUGUUUCAAGUGCUGCACCUGUUGUUGCGGGGGGAAUUCGAAGGGACAUAGGCGCGUGGCGAGCGAACCGCCUCCGCCUCCCGUGUAUGGCGGUGGAUAUGCUUCCUCGACGCCUGCUGGCGGGCGAACCUACGACACGCGACCCGUCAACCAGCAGUACCGCUCGCACGCCGCUCCUGCAUUCGCCUCCGAGCCCGAGCGACCGCAGUACGCGAGCUUCGAGACGCCGAGCAAACCCGUCAACGAAGACGCGCUUCCAAACAUGCCGACCUGGAGCGAAGCCACGAGCACGAAGGUCCAAGUCGAAGUCCAGGAGACGGCCCUGCCGGAGAAGCAAGGAGACGUGGAAAUGGACAGAUUGGACUACAACGGCGGCGUCGCCAUGGCCGCGGCAGCAAGGAGAUCUCCCGCGCGUUCACCGGUGCAGAGAUCGCCUACGCAGGACUCGUACGGUUUCCCUCCCGGCUACCACCACAACGACUCGUAUGUCGGCGGUGGAGGAGGAGCCGCGCGGAGAAGCCCCGGUCCUCGUCCUCCUCAAGGAGCACAGUAUGCUCACAGCGACGACGGGUAUCGUGGGAUAUCGCCCGUGCACGCACAGUCUCCCGUACAUGCGCACUCCCUCUCCCCAGUGCACGCGCACUCCACGUCUCCAGUCUACGGCGCCUCACCCGGCUAUCCCACCACCACCUCCCCCACCUACGGACGUCGUUCACCCAACGCUCCCCCGUAUGACCCGUACGACGGACCCGCACCCCCUCCUCGACAUACCCCCGAAGCGUCGUCCACCGCCUACGCCUACGACAAUUCCAACGCCCGCACCGACGCACCCUACCCAAAUCAAGACUACGGAAUCGACUACAACAACAACAACCCCCCCUCGGGAUCCACACGGUUCGAACAACAACCCCCUGCGUCAGCGGCCAUGGCGACCUACCCAGGCCAACAGUCCUAUGGCACAGAGGAGCGCCAGUACCCGGGGCAGCAGGCGUACCAUGCCUAUACUCCUGCGCCGGCGCCGCAGGGGGAGCAGUAUACGGGGGUGAGUAGGAAGGCGGUGGAGGGGAGCUGGAAGGAGGUGUAGGGCGCCUUCACUUUUGUCUGUAGCUGGAGGUGGCCUUGAUUUGUUGAUACUUUCGUCUUCUUCGACGCUUCGCUUCUUAUUGAUAUACCAUCUUUUCUCUGUUGUUUCUAGUCUUAUGCAUAGCGAUGGCGUUGUGGGGUUGUCGCACCGCGCUCGUUCGAUUUC